AUGGCGUCUUCCCAGGAUCCUCGCGACCACAGGCCCUUUGUUGGGAUGGAUGAUGCACCUGUCAGAUGCCAGAUGGAGUCGUCAUUUCUCUCCAUCUUGCACAGUGCUGGACUUGAAGAAUGGGCUGCCCAGCAAAGCGAACUUGCCAACUGGCAAACGGGGGAAUCGGCUUCGUCAUCCGAACGAACCGGUAGCAGCAGCAGCGCGUCGGAAGGCAAGUCUAGUAGGCGGGCACCAUCUUCUCGGUCUGCCCAGAAAUCAUCAUCUGCGAAACAGAAUGGGCGGUCGCGCAAGAGUAAGGAUCACAGUGACAAGAGCUCUCGAGCUGGGCGGUCAAAGCACAGGGAGCAGAUGACGGAAGAAGAGAAGGAGGAAAUGCGGCAACGAGCAGCGAGCUUUGUUCCUGAUUAUUCCGGCUACAACACCAUGGAUGCCGAACUCAGUAUUAUUGGACAACAAUUGAAGAGGAUGCGGGAGCAUCCGUAG